GGGGUACACCCUGGACAGGUCGCCAGUCCAUCGCAGGGACUAAUUGUUUUUUUAACUCGUGUAAUUUUUUGGGAUAAUGCAGAUCUGUUUUUCUAUAUUUACAUUGCAUUGCAUGUUUUCUUAUUGUGCAGCUCCAGUUAGGAGGCAAUUUUCAAUGCACAUUUAAGAGUGUAAGGUUCAACUGUUAUUAACAAUAAUGGAAAGCUGAGGCAAGAACAUGUGCAGUUCUGUCAUUACAGAAUAUUAUGAACAGUGAUUCAGCUGCAGGCUUCCCGAAACACCGAACAAGUUUGAGUUUGCUCGCGUUUCACAUCUCCUUCUGUGAUUCCCAUCAGUUCAUUUCAAACUUGCGCAGAGUGACCGCCGCGCAGCUGUGUUGUUGUUGUUUGGUAGGUGACGUCAGAUCCCAAGCGGGGUGAAUUUAUGAAUGAACGUGUGAAAGUUCUGCCACAAAACGAUGAUGUUACGUAUCAUGUCGCUAUUUUAAGCGGGUCUACGGAAAUCUUUGACCGUUCCUAGCCGGUAGGCUAUACGGCGUAUCACGCAGACCACACCACUGUCCACACAAACCCUCCCAUCUGAAAACCUCCCAGGGCCAAGCUCCCUACAAUGGGAGCUUCUGCUCAGCUGGAAAUAGUUAUGGGCCUAUAAUGAAUGAGGGCUGGAAGCCUUUAAACAGACACUAGUAAGUUUUAAGGACUAAAAGUUAAACGAUCUCGCUGCGUAAAAAGAACCAUCUGUUAGUUACAUGUUGUCCACCUGCAGCGUCUCACCUGAAACUGCACAGAGGCACCGGAGGGGGGCGCCACCUGACCUCCGUGUGCGUGUGAACCUCCAUCUGUCAUCUAACCUCGCUGCUGCCGUGGAGACCUGAACACUAAGGAGCCCGGGACCCGGUGAGUGCGGAGUUCUGGUUCUGCUGGAUCCGCAGCUGUUGGACUUGGGUCUUAUUGUCUGGCUGUCUGAGGGAGGCGGAGGAGGAGGAGGCGGAGGAGGAGGAGGCGCUGCGGGGUUCCGGGGGGUGCUGCCCUCCUCUGGUCCUCCUCCCCCGGCUCCUGCAGCCUGACACCGAGCCAUGCCGAGCCGACAGAAGCAGAUCCUCUUCUCGGUCUCCGGGCUCUUCGGCCUCUCCUGCGCGCUGACGGCCGCGGUGGCCACCGGGCUGCCGUUCUGGGUCAGCGGGACCGUGCUGUGCCGGACCGGGGCCGAGCUGGUCAACGCCACCGGAGCCGAACUGGACAAGUUCCUGGGAGACCUGAGCUACGGGCUGUUCCAGGGAGUGCGGGUGAAGCAGUGCGGGCUGGGAGGCAGACCGUCCCGGUUCUCAUUCUUCCCGGACCUGCUGAGCGCCAUUCCAGCGGGCCUCCAUAUCGCCGUCAUCUUCUUCUGUGGUGUCGUGAUCCUCUUCUCCUCGGUGGCCACCGGCUUCUUCUUCUUCAACGCCUUCGGCAGACCGUACGAGACGCUGCAGGGCCCCAUGGGACUUUACCUGUGGACCUUCAUCUGCUGUCUGUGCAGCUGCCUGGUGAUGAUUCUGUUUGCGUCGGAGGUGAAGCUCCAUCAUCUCUCCAGCCGGAUCUCCAACUUCAACGAGGUGAACUUUGUCUUUCAGACGUACAGCGAGCGCUACGACCGAUCCUUCUGGCUCUUCUUCCUCGUCUUCCUCCUCCACGGACUCAACGUCCUGCUGAUCCGACUGGCGGGAAUCCAGUUUCCCUUCCAGGAAACCAAAGAGGCGGACCUGAGCGGGGGGGCGGCCGACCUCAUGUACUGAGGGGACCUGAAGAGGGGCCGAAGCCUUUAAAGGACAAAAGGAUGAAUCUGGAUCUCAGACGCAGUGCGGCGUUUUCAUUAUAGGUUCUUUUUUAUCAGUUUUAUCUUUAACGUUUCCAAGAAAAGCAGAAAAUAUUCCAGUUGAAGAAGAUUUAAAACAGAGGUUUUCAAAGUCUGGGACUGUCCCCCCUGACAAAGCUUAGGAAAAAAGCACCACCAACCCCCCAUUAAGGCCAAUUCAUGCUCCUACAGCGAUUCUGACUCUAGAAAAUAACCCCCCAAACUACUGUCUCUCUGACUCUUCAUCCAGAUCACACACUGUAGGAUGUUCUGUGUGACCUCCUUUCGAUAGCUAAUGUAAUAUAUAUUCUCUGAGCCCCCCCUGAACCAGCCUGGACCCCCCAGAGGAGGCCCUCCUCCCACUUUAACAACCUCUGUUUUAAAAGAUUACAGCAUCAGCUCAGCUCUCGAUCAGUCCGUCAGAUAUUUAGUAAUAUAAAUGUGAUCAUAUUGAAAGUCACUUUGUCGUUGUUCUCUGCUUUUUAUUAACUGAUGUCCUUUAUAAACUUUUAUUAACUUGAACGUGAAGGUUCGACACAGACAGAUUUUAUUCACCGUGAGUAUGUUUUCUACAUGAAAGUGUUUGUGGUCAGGUGGCCGUAGAUGAAGGUAAACUGCCGUCAGCUCAAAUGAUCUUUGAUUCAGUCGAGUGAACGAUGUUGAGACAAAGUGUCAAGAGAUAAUAAAGGAAUAAAUUAAAUGAUU